AUGAAUUUUGUUUAUUCUUUUUUUGUUCACUUAUGCCUACUUUUACUCAAUCAGUAUCAAAUUAUAUAUGCGUAUAAAAUAAAUCCUCUCCAAAGGAAUAAUCAACAUAAGAGGAUUUUCUUCACGUUCCACAAAAAGGAUAAGCACCGUUCAUUCUUCACAAGAAAUAAUUCCCAACAAAAGGGGUUCAACAAGACGGGGUUAUUUAAUGAAAUGCCAGAUAAUGCGGAGGUCGAACUUUUGGACGAAAUAAAGGAGCACAAAAUAGAGACACCGAAUUUUAUGAACAAGUCAGGUGAAAAUAAUCCCAUUAAGGAUAACUUGAAAAAGACCAAAAAAUUCUGCAAUUAUUUAACGAGUAAAUUAGGGAGAUUACAUAAAAAACUACGAGAAAUAAAAAAACUAGAAACCAUCUUCUGCACUAAUCCGAAUAUAUUAACUGAGAGUCAACAAGUCAAACUGAGCAAAAAAAAACAAAUAAAAAAUGAAAUUGUCCUAAUUAAUAGGUACAGAAAAAAAUAUAUAGCUUACAAAAAAAAUUUAUCAAAAAAUGUUGAUGACUUGUCCCCCUUUUUUUACUCAAAGAAGAAGACACGUCAGAAGAGGCAAGUUUGCACAACCGAGGAGUUUAACAAAUUAGCGAAAUCAGACAAUCCUACUGCCGUUGUACAACGAAUAAAAAAUAUAGAUUACGAAAAAAUUCCCAAGAACGUAACCGAUUAUUUAGUGUUUAACAAAGUAGCAACAAAAGAAGAAGUAAAAAUUCUGAUUGGUCUUAAAGCUGUGAAGAUUAAUGGAAACAUACUCGACGAUGAAAAUUAUGUCAUAAACCCAAGAGAGGACGAAGUGAAAGUUUUCAAUGAUGUCAUAAAAAUCCACGAAAGCCACUAUGUUGUAAGAAAGAGAUUUACAAAGAAGCAGAAAAAAAUUCUAGAAGAAAAAACUAACGAGCAAUUAUCAAAAGUCAAAGAGGAGAUUAAACAAUUUGAAAAAUUUUUUAACAUAAAGCAGUAA